UCAAUCAUAAUCAAUAAUGAUAAUAAUAUAAUAGGUAUCCUACACUAAAUACAAGUAACAGUUUAAUAUUUAUAAUUAAUCUUUUAAUUUAUUACAAGUGUAUGUGAAAAAUGCAUUAAAGCAUAUAACAAAUUUGCAUGAAAGUUCUGAGGUCUUGAUUUAAAUAAAUAAAUAAAUAAAAAGUUAUUUAGAUAAAAUAUUUUUAUACUUAUAAACAAAAUGCACUGUAUAGAUUAAAAUGCCAUUUUUGUAUAAAAGCUACCAAAUGCAUAAAAUGUAAAGAAAAUGCCUAAAGGUUUCAAAAACAAGCACAAGUCUGGUCUCCUAUCUGAAGUGUGCAGUGUUUACGGCAGGUGUCUAACCUCAGUCACACUUUUAUUACUCUGCACUGUUCAAUAAUUCACAGGCCACACGGGUGACAAUAGCUCACCAUUUUCCUCUCUCACAAACAGGACGAGACGGGAAGGAGAGGGUCAUCUGUCAGUCUGCUUGCUUGCUUGUUGUUUAGUCUGUGGAUGUUGUUUAUUUGUUUGUUGUGCCACAGUGACAGAUCAAGAUGUCAGGACAAAACAGUGAUCAACUGCAUCGCACCACUCUGGGCAUUUAUACGAGCAUAAUAGAGCAGUUCAACCCGAGCCUGCAAAGACUGGUGUCACUGGGAAACAGCUACAUUCAGGCUUUCCAAGCACUUGCUGCCACCAGCGAGGCCUAUUUCGAUGCUCUGUCUAAGAUGGGUGAACAGGCCAUGCUGAGCAGGUCCUCACGUUUACUGGGUGAUGUGUUGAUACAGAUGUCAGACAGUCAGAGGAGACUCACCAACGAGCUGGAGGGAGUGUUUCGCUGGUUCCACUCGGAGGUCCUUCAAGAGAUGGACAACAAUGUCAGAUUGGAUAAAGAUUACAUAUCGACCAGCAGGAGGAGAUAUGAGAUGGAGGUGAGAAACCAGGCAACAGCACUGGAGAGACAGAUGAGGCGAGGAGUACCGCAGGAUGGCAGUGAAUAUGUGCACUUUCUCAAGGAGUGUCAGAAGGAGGCGUUAAAGGAGGAGGAAAGGCGAUAUCGAUUCCUGGCGGAAAAACACUGUGGGCUGACUCAGUCUAUUGCUCAUCUCAUGAACAAGACAGGGGGCAGCCUGCAAAACAGAGCAGAGGGGUGGAAAGAUCUGGUGGAUCACACAAGAGAAUCCCGUUCACGCACUCCUUCACGGCUGGAGGACAACAUUCCUGAUGUUAACCGCUGGGCAGAGCAGCCGCUGGGCACAGUGCCCUCUAGAGGCCCUUCCCCUCAGCCCAGUCGUUCCAACUCAACUUCAGGACAGGCUGGAGCCAGAGUGAUGCGUGCACUGGUGCCACACCCACCUUCUGCAAACUCCACCCUCCUGCCAUUCGCCAAAGGAGAAAGCAUUACACUUCUCGUCAAAGAGCCAAGGAACGGCUGGCUGUUUGGACGCGCUGACAGCUCUGGACGGCAAGGCUGGUUCCCUGCUGCUUACGUGGGCCUCACAGAUGGACCACCUGGACCACCUGUUCCCAGCAGCAGCUCUUUUAGAAGAAGCAACAGUAUGAACAAUCUCCUGGACCAGCCCUUCAGCAGCAGCCAGCAAGCAGCUCCACCUGCGCCUGCGCCUGCACCUCCACCACCACCACCUCCAUCAACCAGAUCCAGCAGCUCCAGACCGGUCACUCCGACUCCUUCAGAAAACAGAAGACAGGAUAGCUACGAGUCUCGACCAGCACUGUUUCCAAGAGGCACAAAUCCAUUUGCCACAGUCAAGCUGAAACCCACCAAAACCAAUGACCGAUCAGCUCCUCGCAUAUGAAUCCUUCAUCCAAUGGCAGAUCAGCGCCUUCACAAUUAUUCAAUAGCUAAUCAGCGCCGCACAUUUUACUGUACAUUGUUUCCGCCACAUUCAAAAGCAUUAAUUUUCCAGCAUAAUCAGAACAAAGCAUCACAUUUGAGACAAUACAACUCAACAAUGAUCAAUGAGCAGUCGUAACGUACCUUUAUCUGCAGGCUGUUGAAGAAUUGGAGGCAGCAAACUCUAUUAAUAACACUCCUUGAUAUGCAAUGGGCGCCAUAAAGUAUCUGGACAACUAAAUCCACGCUUAAAUGGUGUGAAUUUUGUGGCGUGGAAUAAUUAAACAAGUACUGCAGGUGGUUUUUUAUUGGAUGUUGAAGCCAGAUCAGAAGUUCACCCAGGUGUCCUGUAAGAUUAACCACAGGUGCAGUUCAUCACUGUAAUUAACGGCAUUUUGCACUAAUGGAGGGUUUCAAAUGCAAUAUAUUGCUCUCUAAAGGGAAUCCCAGAGAGAAAAUGAUGGACGUCAUAUUUAAGUGCCCUUUUAAAGCAAAGUGUUUAAAACUGGCUACUUUGAAGAGCCCUUUGAAAUGAAUGAUCCUUUGAGCAGGGAAGUUUUUUGACAUCGAACAACCCUUGAAAGAGCUUAGGAUACAGGAAUGAGCCCUUCUAAGGGAAGCAUGCUACAACAUUAGAUUUUUAUCAUUUGAAAGCAAAGAAAUGUUAAAAAGGCUCUUUUUGCGAAAUGUUUGGUUUGAAAGGAGCAAGAAAUGGUGAUUUUUUUAGUUUAAAAAAAAUAUGCACUUGGUUUAAUGUCUCCUCAUUUUUUUAAAUCUGGAAAUGUAAAUAGAAGAUAACUCAAACACUUCUAAGUGCUUAGAAUAGAUAAAUGCAUAUGAGAUACAUCUACAUACAUAUAAUCGUACAUAAUUUGUACUCUGUAGGUGAAUAUCGUUGUUAAAGCAUCACUGAAUGCACUUUAUGAAUGUAUUCUGUCAUAUUAUUUGCCACCAGGGCUGGUUUAACUACAGUUGUAUGUGGUUUGACCUCUGAGACCCAGCGGCUUCUCUGAUAAGCGACCAUUGGCCUCUUUUUCUCCCGCUCUAUGCUUGAACUUUGUCUCUCGGCUCAGUUAAUCCAUCUGACGGGCCCAAUUAUAAAAUGCCCUUAAAUUGGCUGCUCUGUCUGCUUAAGUGCCUAUAAAGCGAAUGUUCAUUUUAACCUUGACAGUAAUUGGUGUGACCUUCUCCUGAGGUGUCAGAGCCAUUAGUACAAGCCCAUUUGUAGGGAUGUCUUGCAUCUCAUCAGCUACUUCUUUUUUUUUUUUUUUUGAGAAUAUUUUUCUGUUUAAUUAAUGCUGAUUAUUCGAAACAUAAACAUGCACCUAUAUGUGCACCUGUGAUUUACACUUGUUAGGCUUUGACUAGAGAACACAAGGACAAGAUGCAGAGGACAUCACAUGUGAUAUAUCUUCUUGAUCUUGUUGUUAAAUUAAAUGUUUGAAGUUAAUGUCUCUGAAAGGGUCAUUUUUAAAGAGUUUGUAGGACAGGUCGGCUUUGAUGCGUAAUAAAUGUAUCAAAUGUGUCUUUCA